CUGCUUACAGACAGUAGGUGGUGAAUAACAAAUGCAAAUCUCACGACUUGGAAGUCAAGAUUCGUGACCACUUCAAAGGCGCUUGCACCACGUCAUGUCUUCGUGGAAUGAUGGUUGGAAGUGAAGAACUUUCUUUUCUACCUUUGAUUUUCAGGCUGUUAAGUUUCAGAAGCGAUUACCAGGUUUUCCGCCCAUUAACUUCUGCAAAAUUUUUGGGUCCAGAUUGAAUUCCACGUUCUCCAGUGCGUCCAGAGCCACACCCCUGAUUCAAAACACUGCCGUGAAGAUCUCGGUCAAUAUUUCCGACACUUGCCGUUUGAGGUAUUCCUUUGUGCCCAACCUUUUUUCUGCGAAGAACAACUAAUGCGAAACCCUUCACGUUAAUCCAGUGUGGAAAGCGAGUGCAGGACAUGACCUCCACCAUUUAUUUUUGGUCCGCAGCCAAUCGGACAACAAAGGAUAGUGUGUGACAUUGUGCAAGUCAUACCUUAUAGUCUGCCGGUGCGCAAUCGGUCAAUGGACCCACAAACGUAGUACGUCAUACGUAGUGCGUGACUUUCACGAAAAAUUACGCGGUGGAUGUGGGGAUGUGCGGUGAAGUAUUAAGAAAUCCUCUAAACGGAAAUUCUCGAUGCUAUUGUUCCAUCCACCAGUGGGCAGCAGCGUCUCAAAUCUUAAGCUAACAUCAGGCAUCAACCUCACGCAUGUACAUCCAACUCAAGCACCGCGGGUGUUACCGAUUCUGCAUGACAUUCCGACUUUCUGCGAGCACCGCAGAACGAACCAUAUCGGCAGUGUACUGCCAAGACUGGUCUGCAGCAUGAGAACGCGUCAGAGCGGGGUCAGGAUUACGUCGUAAUAUAGGCAGUAGCUAUGCAUUCCGCCUCCGAGUACUUUCCUAGUAGAUUCGAACCUUGGCUCGCAUAUAUAUAUAUAUAUAUAUAGCUAACCGGGAAAACCUUCUCUUCCAUAUGCAAAAACCACCUCGAGCUUACAGCAGGUCUAGUGGAUCUAGCAACGCUUCUCUUGCAGAAUUCAGAAAAACCAUAUCCUAGUGCACACAGGGGACACAACUACCCGAGGCGAUGGCUCAGCAACACAUGACGCUCUUGGCGUCCGCAUGUUUGCUCUUGUCUCUACUGCAUCCGAUCGUAGCACAGCAAUGCGGUACGCAGGCCAACGGCGCUGUCUGCGCCAAUGGCUUAUGCUGCAGUAAGUAUGGUUACUGUGGAACAACAUCGGAUUACUGUGGCACAGGCUGCCAAAGCCAGUGUAGUGGUUCUACACCCACUCCAACCCCGCCAUCCUCAACGACUGGGGGAACUGGGCAAGCGUCCUUCUACACCAUUUAUACUCCUUCCGCGUGCUACGGCAGCGAUCCAGCUCAAUUCCCUGCCAACAUGUACUUCGCGGCUGCCGGCGACAACAUCACCGCCAACCUCUGGAACGGCGGGCAAAACUGCGGCAAGCUGUUCGAAAUCGCUUGCGUGGGCAAUGGAUGCACAGGCGGCGGCCCCAUUACGAUUAAAGUCGUGGAUCGUUGCCCCAACGGCUGCUCUGGAGGACGGGUUUUCGACCUCUCAGAGGCAGCAUUCAGCGCCAUUGCUAAUACGGAUGUGGGCGUCAUCACAAUCCAUUACACCCCUGUCUGAGGACAUGGUGAUGAAGAUACAAUGUCAUGGGCAACGCCAGAGUUCGAUGGGGAAGUCGGACUCGGUGGUGGUUAAUCCUAGUGGAUGCAUCAACUCCUCAUGGUGCUGCAAAGGUAUAGGGACGGGUUUUGUUCGUAAAUAUGAAUUGAUUAGAGUUUCAGUUCAUCCAACCCCCAUUUUGAGGUUUGCGUAGUGGUGCUUUGUACUACAUCAAGGCUUGAUCUUUGCAUGGUCAGGCGACUGUGAUUGAGCAUUGCAAAAGAGCUUUCAACGUGUGUACGUAUUAUGACGUAAUGCAUGAGCACUUCGGUUUUCGCUUCGUGACCCAGCGGAGGGCCAGUUUGCAGUAAUUUAGUGAGUUGUGUCAAAGCUUGACGCGGAAGUAGGGUCACAGGAGUUACUUUGUAACUGCGGUUUUACUGUACUCAUUCCUAGCUUGCCGUUGAGUGGAAACCGCCGAACAAUAAUCUGCUCUGGUGUGCUCAGCCCAAUAGCGUGGGAUUAUGUUGCAAUACUAGUGGAUGAGAACCUUGAGCAUGGUUCAUCAUGAAUACUAGGUGGAUUAAGCUUUAGCUUGAGCUGGAGCCUUACUACAUGACAGUGAGUAGUCUAGACUCGGAGUCUGGGAUGUAGGGAAAGGUGAAUGCAGGAAUGCGGUCGAUUAAGGACUUUGUUGGGCCCCUGAAGACUUUGUUUGGUGCUGCUUGUGUAGAUUCUAAAACUGAAGUGAGAACUAGUAAGGUAAAAAUAUUUCAAUCAAGAAUUCAUGUGUAUGCCUUUACUCUA